AUCAUCGUUAAUUAAACCCUUCCUUUCGUCUCUCCUCCUCCUUCACCGUGAAUCUCUCUGGAAAAAACGCAGUUUCUUUCCUACUACGAUGCUGGGUGGUUUACGCAGAUCCGCGGCGACCUUAUUCGAUCACAGUCAGUCUCUGCUUCGUAAUCUAUCCUUUCAUGGAGUGCGUGUGCAAGGAAUCCGUGUGGGAAACGCAGAGGUUCCAAACCACAAGCCCCUCAAGACCGGUCUUCAAGAAGUUUACGGAAUAGGACGCCGCAAGUCUCACCAGGUUCUCUGUGGGCUCGGCAUCACCAACAAGCUCGCCAGAGACUUAACUGGCAAAGAACUCAUUGACCUCCGCGAAGAAGUUGGCAUGCACCAACAUGGUGAUGAACUGAGGAGGCGUGUUGGAUCGGAGAUACAGAGACUGGUGGAAGUAGACUGUUACAGAGGAAGUAGACAUAGACAUGGGAUGCCUUGCAGAGGUCAAAGAACCAAAACUAAUGCUCGCACCAAAAAGGGAAAGAGAGUUGCUAUCGCUGGAAAGAAGAAAGCUCCUCGCAAGUAGAACCCUUAAAAACCUCUCUGUAGUAGCACCAGUCUACGACUCUGUUUGGAUGAAAUUUGGUCAAAUAAGCAGACAUGAUUUGCUGAGGAAGUAGAGAACUUCCAAGUAAGCAUGAUCUUGAUUCUUGAACUUGUUCUGUAAUACUCUCUAGCUCCUCUGGUCUCUUGGUUUUGUUUGUUAUCCUUUAGAACAUGGAUCAAAAAGUUAGCCCAUUAACAACUUUUUCUUUGUCACCAA